ACUCACAGUCAGUCCGAGUCUCUCCGUCUGUCGCUGGUGAGCUCAUUCGGUGCGAGACUCUCGGGACACACGACAGCAGCCGUGAUGCAGCGGUCUCUCUUCAGCCGCGGCGCGCUGCUGGCCCAGCAGGCGGCGGCGGCGGCCCUCGACGGGCCCCUGGCCGCGAGGAGCGCGCCGCUCCUGCAGCGCCUGGAGCGCUCCAUGUCGUCCGUCACCAUCCCGCCGCCGGCCUGCAUGCUGCGGCCGCUCGAGACUCCAAUGCGUUACCUGUUCGGGCCGGGGCCCUCCAAUGUCCCUCCGCGUAUUUUGGCCGCGGGCUCGAGGCCGAUCAUUGGUCACAUGCACCCAGAAAUGUAUGAGGUCAUGAAUGACAUCAAGAGAGGGAUCCAGUACGCCUUUCAGACGGAGAACAACGUGACGAUAGCGAUGAGCGGCUCGGGGCACGCGGCUAUGGAGUGUGCGGUGUUCAAUACGGUGGAGCCCGGAGAGAGCGUGCUCAUCGGCGUCAAUGGAAUCUGGGGAGAACGCGUUGCAGAAAUUGCUGAGAGAAUGGGUGCCAAUGUACAUAGAAUGGUGAAAACCCCAGGGGGAUAUUUCACGAAUAAGGAAAUUGAAAAGGCCAUGGAAAAACACAAGCCUGUCCUGUUUUUCCUCACACACGGAGAGUCCUCUGCUGGCCUCUGUCACCCAGUAGAUGGCAUUGGAGACAUCUGCAGAAAACAUAAUUGCCUCUUUCUGGUCGACACGGUCGCUUCACUUGGGGCUGCGCCAAUUUUUAUGGACAAACAAAAUAUUGACAUUCUGUACACUGGUUCUCAGAAGGCUCUGAAUGCACCUCCUGGCACAGCCCCCAUCUCUUUUAAUGAGAGAGCAUGCCACAAGAUGUUUAACAGGAAGACAAAACCGAUAUCCUACCUCUUUGACAUGACAUAUUUAUCCAACUACUGGGGUUGUGAUGGCAAACCAGCCAGAACAUACCACCACACUGGUCCAGUGUCUGGAUUCUUCGCCCUAAGAGAGAGUCUGGCGAUUCUUGCUGAAAGGGGGCUGGAGGAGUCCUGGAAGAAACACAAGGAGGUGGCAGCCUAUCUGUACAGAGGACUGGAAGACCUGGGCCUCCAGCUCUUCAUUCCUGAAAGGGAUUUGAGGCUUCCUUCUGUCACCACCAUUGCCAUCCCCAACGGCUACGACUGGAGGGAGAUGUUGGUCUACAUCAUGAAACACCACCAGAUGGAGAUGACUGGAGGCUUGGGCCCUUCCAUUGGCAUGGUGAUGAGGAUCGGAUUGAUGGGAUACAACUGUGAGAAGAGUAAUGCUGACAUGGCACUGAACGCCCUGGCAGACGCUCUCAAGAACUGCAAAAGGAGCAAAGCCUAACAGACCAGAUUCCCCACCUGCAGGAAGGACGUCUGGGACAGUGCAUACCUUUUAGUAAUGUGCGCGUGUGCUUUUGACUGCAGAUAUUUUAUUAAAACAACAAGUAGGCUAGUUUUGAAAUAAUAAAUAAAAAGCUGAUGUUGCCCUGUGGUCCAUGCUGUGUGCACUGAAACAUGUCAAUAAAAUAUGCUUUAUUUUAUCAAA